AUGGCGUCUGCACAGUACUUUCCUCCGCCUCCAGGAGCACAAACCUUUGCGCCGCCUCCUUCGAGCGAACAGCAGAAUUAUCCUCCACCGCCUCAGCAACAGCAGCACUUCGCUCCUCCGCCCUCGGUCUCGCCCAUUUCCCCGGAAGGCAACGGUGUGAACUACACGCCUCCACCCGGAGAGAAGUCUAUCCCAUACUAUCCUGGUCCUCCACAAGAGAAGGAGAAAGAACCUGAAGCGCCCUUAGCCAGUCCUCGAUUCAACAGGCAAUCGAGUAUGCCGGGCGGUGCUCCUGCGCAAGGCCACUUCGUUGGAGCGCAGGCUACAGUGGACGAUGUCGGAACUUUCAACGGCGGCUCCUAUCGAAUCUCCCACCGCGACACGAACACCAUCGUUACUAUCCAGCUCGCGAUGGGCUGCCCGCUAAUCGUCAAGCCCGGAGCCAUGAUCGCCAUGUCACCCACAAUCACAGUCAAAGGUUCCGUGAAGUUCAGCAUGAAGAAGCUGAUCGCAAGAGGAGAGAUGUCACAAUCCACGUUCACAGGACCGGGCGAGCUCUUGCUCGCACCAUUUGCGCUAGGCGAUGUCACCAACAUUCGACUUUCAGGGCAAGAGACGUGGAAUAUUGGAAAGGAUGCGUUCUUGGCAUGUACGCAGGGCGUGACGAGAGACUAUGUGAGCCAGAACCUGAGCAAGGCGAUUUUCUCGGGAGAAGGGCUGUUUGUGUAUAAGCUUGGAGGUACUGGGAUCUGCUGGAUUCAGAGUAUGGGAGCGAUUCUGAGGAAAGAUCUCCGCGAAGGCGAGAAAUACAUCAUCGACAACGGCCACCUCGUGGCAUGGAAUUGCAACUACGUCGUAGAGCGCGUCGCGAGCGGUGGCAUCAUCAGCAACAUCAGCGCGGGCGAAGGUCUGGUGUGCAAGUUUUCUGGACCGGGGACGGUUUUCAUGCAGACGAGGAAUCCGAACCAGUUUGCUUUGUAUGUGUCAGCUCAUGGAGGCGCGGUGUAG